UUAAUGUACAUGUCAGAAUAAUUAACGUCGUUAGGGUGGGGACCAAAGCAUAGACGGACCAACGAAAAUGAAAAAGAGCGAGGACAGACGGGGUUAUUCGUGACGGGGCGAACGGAUCCAGGGAGAACAGACGACUCCCCUUCGAUCUGGCAACUCAAGAAAUCGUCAAACGAUAGACUCUUUUUCUUAGGUAUAACCGAAGAUCUCCAUAUUAUCGAAGGAUGAAGAUAGAGAUGCGGGAGUUGAAGAUGUUGAGAAUUUACGCGGAAAACCUAUUUUGCUGUCAGGUGUUUGAUUUACAUUCAUCUCCUCGUUCGCUCGUUAACCUAGACUAGACGGUGAUAAUGCUGCUUCCGGUUGUGUUAAGAUCUAUCUUCUGUUAGCCUUUUCGGUGAGCUUUUGUCUUCUGUCUACAAUGCUAGAUAAUUUUGCCACUAUUGGAGAAUCCAGACUUGACAGAUCAAAGUGGAAGCGCAAGUCAGUCGUUACUCUUGCAUUGACUGUUCUUACAAGUUCACAAGCCAUCCUUAUUGUUUGGUCCAAAAGAGCUGGCAAAUAUGAGUAUAGUGUGACUACUGCGAACUUUUUGGUGGAGACUUUGAAAUGUGCUAUAUCCCUCAUAGCCUUGGGAAAAAUAUGGACAACAGAAGGUGUUACAGAGGAUAACAGGUUGACUACAACCUUGGAUGAAGUUAUAGUGUAUCCCAUUCCAGCAGCCCUUUACCUAGUUAAAAAUUUGCUUCAGUAUUACAUCUUUGCAUAUGUAGAUGCUCCUGGUUAUCAAAUAUUGAAGAAUUUAAAUAUUAUCAGUACUGGCAUCCUCUAUAGGAUUAUUCUUAAGAAAAGGUUAAGUGAGAUUCAGUGGGCUGCUUUUAUUCUGCUGUGUGCUGGGUGCACCACUGCUCAGUUGAAUACAAAUUCUGAUCAUGUUCUUCAAACUCCCUUUCAAGGUUGGGUUAUGGCAACUAUCAUGGCACUCCUGAGCGGUUUUGCAGGAGUAUAUACAGAGGCUAUUAUUAAGAAGCGGCCUUCCAGAAACAUUAAUGUUCAGAACUUCUGGCUGUAUAUUUUUGGCAUGAUCUUCAAUGCUGUUGCCAUAUUGAUUCAAGAUUUUGAUGCAGUGAUGAACAAGGGUUUUUUUCAUGGAUAUUCUUUAAUCACCAUUCUCAUGAUUCUCAACCAUGCACUCAGUGGUAUUGCUGUAUCAAUGGUAAUGAAGUACGCUGACAACAUUGUGAAGGUGUAUUCUACUUCAGUGGCAAUGCUUCUUACUGCGGUGGUUUCUGUUUUUCUCUUUGGCUUCCAUCUCUCCCUUGCCUUCUUCCUUGGCACAAUUGUUGUCUCUGUUGCAAUUUAUUUGCAUUCUGCUGGGAAGAUGCAAAGAUAGUCAUGGCGUCUGACAUCCAUUUGCCAAUUCUGCACAUUUAUAUUCGAGUUGUUGCGGGCUCCUUUCAAGUGAAUUUCCCAAACUACCAAUUUAAUACCUCAAAUUUUAUUAUGACAUUGGUCCGUCAAGAUCUCACAAAAGACAAUAGGUGAGUGAUGCAAUUGAGUCUGAUGCCUCACCAAACUUGAUGGAGCUCCAUAUUGUGCACAAGCUGAUGUCAAAAUGAGGCUGGGAUUAAAUGUUGCUCCUAUAUAACACUACCUAUUCAAGGUCACCCACGAAAUGUCUGGUUGAAUUUAGAGGCUAUGUUAUCUUACCCGUUGCUGGCAUGCUGAGAAGUCAUUGUCUGAUUCUCGAGGCAUCAACGUUAGUCAGUCUUGCAACAAUGCAGCUUUAUAUGUAGCGUGUUAUUUACCAUCGGCGCCGCUGUUUACUUAAUUUUGGAAAGUAGAGGAUGAACACAUGGUAUCGAUGUCUUGAAUAGUAAUUUUACGGGGAAUUACUGGGCAAGAAAAAAGGUUUUUGGUCCUAUGCAAAUAAAAUGAGUUAACUUCUGAUUUGAAAGUCCAUUUUAUUUUACCAGUUCCUUUUACUCAAGGGACGAUGUCCUUAUGUGGAAUUGAUGUAAUGUAUUGAACAAGUGGUGAGCUAAUGAGGAGCAGUUUGGUAGACAGGAAUCUUGAACGUGGAA